ACCAGGACAGCCUCUCAUCGGCUCUGCCUGCUCUUUGAAAACUCUCCGGACCAAAGUGUACCAACAGCAUGGCUACAAAAUGUGGGAAGUGUGGACCUGGCUACCCUACCCCUCUGGAAGCCAUGAAAGGACCCAGAGAGGAGAUUGUCUACCUGCCUUGUAUUUACCGAAACACGGGCACUGAGGCCCCAGAUUACCUGGCCACUGUGGAUGUGGACCCCAAGUCUCCCCAGUAUUGCCAGGUGAGGCGAGACUUAGGCACCAGCUACCUUGAGACCCCUGUGUCCCCAGCCCUGGGUCUGCCUUUCCCUAGCUCCAUCCUUCUUGGCCCUCCCUGGAUAUGGUUGUGCUGGCUGUUGACUACGCCAGGGACAAGGUCAUCCACCGGCUGCCCAUGCCCAACCUGAAGGACGAGCUACAUCACUCAGGGUGGAAUACGUGCAGCAGCUGCUUCAGUGACAGCACCAAGUCUCGCUCCAAGCUGGUGCUGCCGGGCCUCAUCUCCUCUCGAGUCUACAUCAUAGAUGUGGGCUCUGAGCCCCGGGCACCAAAGCUGCAUAAGGUCAUUGAGCCCAAGGACAUCCAUGCCAAGUGUGAGCUCGCCUAUCUGCAUACCAGCCACUGCCUGGCCAGCGGGGAGGUGAUGAUCAGCUCCCUGGGAGACCCCCAGGGCAAUGGCAAAGGGGGCUUUGUGCUGCUGGAUGGGGAGACUUUUGAAGUAAAGGGGACAUGGGAGCGGCCUGGGGGUGCUGCCCCACUGGGCUAUGACUACUGGUACCAGCCUCGACACAAUGUCAUGGUCAGCACCGAGUGGGCAGCCCCCAGAGUCUUACGAGAUGGCUUCAACCCCGCUGAUGUGGAGGCAGGGCUAUAUGGGAACCACUUACAUGUGUGGGACUGGCAGCGCCAUGAGAUCGUGCAGACCUUGCCUCUGAAGGAUGGGCUCAUCCCCCUGGAGGUCCGCUUCCUGCACAACCCAGAUGCUGCCCAGGGGUUUGUGGGCUGUGCCCUCAGCUCCACUGUCCAGCGCUUCUACAAGAAUGAGGGAGGUACUUGGUCAGUGGAGAAGGUGAUCCAGGUGCCCCCCAAAAAAGUGAAGGGCUGGAUGUUGCCUGAGAUGCCCGGUCUGAUCACUGACAUCCUGCUAUCCCUGGAUGACCGCUUCCUCUACUUCAGCAACUGGCUGCAUGGGGAUCUGCGGCAGUAUGACGUGUCAGAUCCACAGAGCCCUCGCCUCGCUGGACAGAUCUUCCUUGGGGGCAGCAUUGUCAAGGGAGGCCCUGUGCAAGUGCUGGAGGACCAGGAACUAAAGUCCCAGCCAGAACCCCUAGUGGUCAAGGGGAAACGGGUGGCUGGAGGCCCUCAGAUGAUCCAGCUCAGCCUAGACGGGAAGCGUCUCUAUGUCACCACUUCGCUGUACAGUGCCUGGGACAAACAGUUCUAUCCUGAUCUCAUCAGGGAAGGCUCUGUGAUGCUGCAAAUUGAUGUAGACACAGUAAAGGGAGGGCUGAAGCUGAACCCCAACUUCUUGGUGGACUUCGGAAAGGAGCCCCUCGGCCCAGCCUUGGCCCAUGAGCUCCGUUACCCUGGAGGCGACUGCAGCUCUGACAUCUGGAUCUGAAGUCCACCCUUCAUGAGCCAGGCUCACAGUCAGAGUCCCCACUUCCACAGGGACCUGGCUUCACACUACUCUCUCUCGGCCCUUGACUCUUGGCAGCUUGUCCCACUAUGGCCACUGAGUCUCUAGAAAUAUACUGAGCGGCAUCUUCAUGUACUCACCAUAGCUGCUUCUUGCUCCUUGAGCACCAAGGAAUAAACAGGUGAAACUACUCCUCA